UAAAAAUUGCACGAAUGUACUCAGAUAAUUUUAUUCGCAACGAUUUUAAGCUUUUAUUUUGAAGAACACACCAUGUUUCCUCCAAAAUCAACCAUAUCGUGGGGUGGAAGAUCUAAAUUUUGUUGGUUCAUUAUUGCUGUCAUGGCUGCGAAUUGCGAAGGUGCAAAAGACAAGAAAAGGGCGCAAGAGGUUUUAGAAAUUCAAGCCCACGAUUCACACCAUCUAAAGGAACAUCUGAUGGAACAAAUGGGAAUGGAUGAAGAAGCAGCAAUCAAAUACCUGAAUGAAACCAAGGGAGAGGUUCAGUUCUUCUUGAUGCAUGACUAUGAUAAUAACAGCAAGUUGGAUGGUCUUGAGUUGUUUCAAGGUCUCUCGCAUCAUGACCAUUCCCAGGACGAGAAAGAUGAUCACGAGUCAAGCAAAAUUGCGGAGGACGAAAUGGCAACUUUCGUCGACACAAUCUUAGAAGACCAGGACCGCAAUGACGAUGGGUAUAUCGACUACCCCGAGUUUGUGCACUCUUUCCGUCCAACUUCAGGGCACAGUGGAGGUUCAUAACACAAUGAUGAAAAUCAGAGAUGGAAACGCGAAGGACUUAAAAAUACGCAUUUUUUUUUAGGUUUUUUUGCCAGCCAGUGUAGAAAAUGUAAGGUUAUGUUAUUUAAGACUGCGCGCUUUAAGAUUAAGUUUCGCGAAACCAAAGCUAAUCAGAGCAAAGGUGAGUUUAACGAGGAAUCAAUCUGAACAUACGUGAAUACUUGUAAAUAUCUUCAAGUGCGGGAAAAUUCAAGUGACAGAGUUCUGAUUGGUCGAGAUGGUGACGCGAGUGUUUAUAAAGCAAGACCAAUGCGAUUAUAGAUUUCGGACACUCAACUGAAAACUGCAUCAUCUGAAACUCAGGCAGAAAACGAGAACUCGCACGUAGCCUUAAACUGGAAUCGGGUGAUACACAGUGGGUCUAAAUAAUAUGUACUACUUAUUGACUGUGUUGGUCGGGCCGGACGGAGAAGUUUUUGGCUCGUGGUCAUGAUGCACUCGGUCCGCGCGUCUUAAACGAGAACCAAAUAUUUUCCAUGUCGGCCCGCCCAAGCUUAGUCAAAAAGCAUUUUAUCAUAUGACCACUCUGUUAAAAAAUUCGAAGUUUUCAUCUAAACCGAAAUAGGGCGCAAUAGAUGGGCUCACCUAUUCUAUAGCUAACAGGACUUAGGAGAGCAUUUUAACCGACACUUCUGCACAUGACUAAAGGAAAAAUU